UUUUCUUUCACAAUCAUGAAAAUAAAAAUAAAAGAACGACUGCGAACACUUGCUGACCGCCAGAAGCCCAGAGCGGCCAGACUCCAGUGCGAGAUGACCAGCCAAACGUCUCUACUCUUGCCCACUACCAUUAAAAUUUCUCAAGUCAAUUCCUUAACUGACGAGGAUUUCAUCAUAAAGUUUGGCAAUGUAAUCGAACACUGCUCCCUGGUGGCCGCCGCCGUGGCUAAGAGCCGCCCCUUCCAGAGUCUCCAACACCUGCAUGCUGAAAUUUGUUCUUUCAUCGAUGAACUUCCAGUUAAAGGUCGUGAGGGCAUCCUGCGAAGCCACCCGGACCUGGCGGGGCGAGCAGCCAUGGCGGGAAAGCUGACGCAGGAGUCUCGUCAGGAACAGGAGUGCGCAGGUCUCGGCAGUCUGACAGAAGAAGAGAGAUCGAAUUUAAAUACCAUGAAUAAGAGUUACCGCCAAAAGUUCGGCUUCCCCUUCGUGAUAUGCGCCCGGCUGAACAAGAAGGAAGCCAUCCUGCUGGGCCUCAGAAGUCGCCUGCACAACUCGCCGGAGGAGGAGCUGCACACGGGCAUCGAGGAGGUGAAGAAGAUUGCACUGCUGCGCCUUAAAAUUCUGGUCUCCGACGACAUGGGCAGCAAAAUGUGAACAUGUCCACGAAUUGCUCUGUUCCCCCUCUUCCUUCUUUCUGAGUGGUAACAAUGGAGUCACGUGACGCCGCUAGAGUAAAUAGCAAUAUGGAGCCGCAAGUGUAUAUAUCAGUAUUUAAUGUUACGUUGUUUAUCUAGCAUGACAACGGUAAAUGUUGGAUUUAACUAAUCUUCUCACAAAGUUUCAGAUCUUACAUGCAUUACAACACACACACACACACACACACACACACACACACACACGCACAGUCCUACCCGAGGAUCGGUCUAUGAACUCUGAGUUCGCUCCGUAAUGGGGAAGACUGGCUGGGCGACCGAGGUGAACACACACACACACACACACACACACACAGUAUUACAUGAAUUACUACUACAAGUUAUGAGCUUAAAAUACAUGAUUUUUUAAUUUAUUUAUCUUUCUUCAUCAUGAAAUAUGGGGAAGGUCUGAGACAAUACCAGGCAAAUGAUGAGCCUCACACAACACUUUGUUGCUUGGUGAUGCCACCUCUAUGAUUCUUAUUAUUACUAUCAUUAUUUCAUUACUGUUGUUGUUAGCAUUAUCAUUCACUCUAUGCCCAAAAUAACCAUUGUAUAACGGAAUAAACUUCUAAAUCUGAAUAUGAAACACAUUAUAUUAUACCUUCAAAAAGACAAUGUAAAAGGAAAAGUUAGGAAACAGAGCUUGCUUAAAGAAAUAAAACUUAUGCCAAGA